UCAUGGACACAGUUCUCCCGGUACACUCACUAAGUUUGCAAAGCGCGAAAACUCAUCACUCGCUGCCCUCCCUCUUUCUCUCCAAAACAUUACGGAGCCAUCAGAGGUGAUACAGCUUCGAUCACGCUGGGACGAGGUAUCAUUGCACAAGAAAAGGUUAGUCAAAUACGAAGGAUAUUCCAUCUGCAGUUUCCUCAGAUCAAACAUGAAACCUCAGUAUUUCAUGGUAGAUCUCAUACUUCUGUGCAUAUCUUGCGGAGCAAGUGCACUGGCAACGAGUAUCCCUGCUGUGCCGGCCAAUUUCACCAAUCCUGGCGCAGCACCCAGCCAUGGAACAGACACCACGAGUAUCUCUAAAACCAGGAGGAAGCGCUAUAUCAGUCAGAACGACAUGCUCGCUAUUCUUGAUUAUCACAACAAAGUCAGAGGAAAGGUGUUUCCACCUGCAUCAAACAUGGAAUACAUGGUGUGGGACGACACUCUGGCUAAGACGGCCGAGGACUGGGCUCAUGCCUGCCUGUGGGAGCACGGGCCGCCUCACCUCCUCCGGUUCCUCGGUCAAAACCUCUCCGUCAGGACAGGACGCUAUCGAUCCAUUCUCCAGCUGGUGAAGCCAUGGUACGAUGAGGUCAAAGAUUACUCUUUUCCAUACCCCCGCGACUGCAACCCACGGUGCCCUCUCAGAUGCUAUGGACCCAUGUGUACCCACUACACACAGAUGGUGUGGGCUACAUCCAAUAAAGUAGGCUGUGCAGUUCACACGUGCCAUAAUAUGAACGUAUGGGGUGCAGUGUGGAAACGGGCAACGUAUUUAGUCUGCAACUACUCACCUAAGGGUAAUUGGAUCGGAGAGGCCCCCUACAAAGUAGGCGUCCCCUGCUCCGCCUGCCCUCCCAGCUACGGGGGCUCCUGCAGUAACAACAUGUGCUUCCCCGCUCUCAAGACAAACUACCUGCACUGGUUCAAAUAAACACAGGUUCUCUUUUUGACAUAAGCUGACACCCGACCGUACCACAGAGACAGAACUUCAAUCCUUUAAGGAUUUGCACAACCGUCUUGGACCACACUAUUUUGUAUAUAUGGGCUUAUUUAAAGACACAAACCUACGUUUGAAGGCAGCAUAUGAUUUAGCAAUGAUGACUUGUAAAUAAACUGUAAAUUAAUGUCAUUUGUACCUGAAUUGCUAUGAGUAUUUUAACUGAUUGAGUAUAAUUUAUGUAAAGAGUGGGUCCUUAAACACAGUUUAUAUUGUAUGUGGUGCUGCGUUUUCACUAUUUGUUUAACAUUGACAAUAUGCUAAUUAAGGUCAUAACAGGAUCAUAGCUGCUCAUACCUGCUCACUUUGGUGCUACAGGCAUCACACCUUCAUGUUGUGUGCUCUGCCUCCACAGGAAUGUCGUGAUGUUGAGAUCAAAGCUUUUGACCUCAGAGGGUAAAAGCUACAGCGGCGGUGUCUGCUUUGUAGCCGUUCUGGGUGAAACAAACUUCUGCUCUAUUCAAUUCACACUUUUAUCCUGCAUUAAACUUGCAAAAGUUUGCUGACAAAAGUGCACCAGAGUAAAAUGAUAUUCCUUGACAAAAGGAAGGUGCAUUAGUUGGACUGUGAUGCCUUUGUUUAAAGGCCAGGAUAGAUUACGCCUCUGUUAUCAAAAGCUCUUUUUGUUUCAACAUGCACACUGGUUAAUCUGCACUGAUAAGGUUAUAUUUCAUUACAAACAUGCUACUUGGAGGAAUUUCAAGCUUUUCUGUCACACUGCAUACUCAAGAGAGCACAUACAACAAGUCUGACCCUCAUAUUUGUUUUUUAAUCAUUUGUUUUAUAUUGGACAAAUCCAUUGUUUAUAUUUUGUUUUGAUCAAUGAUGUAGUUUGGUUUUGGGAUCUAGGCACUCCAGUGCACCUUAAUUGUUUGUAAAUUGCCAAAAUACUUGGAAAUUAUUAUUUUUUGUACAUGUAGAUAAUCAUUAUACCUUGUCUAUCGUUACAAGUAUACUGUAAGUUAUUCAUUUUUAUAUGGGAAAAAUAUAUUUAAUUGAUUGUGAUUUUUGUAUUGUUUUGUAAAAGGAUUGUAAAUAUAUGGAAAUGAUUAAAACAUGCUGAAUAUGGCUCAAAUG